AUGCGCGUCCUUGCAAAGCGUGCCAGAGAGCUCCAGCAGGUGCCUGCUGGCCGUGUUCGACGGCGAAAGGCGACAUUCCCGCCGGUCGCCAGCUCCCGUGCGCUGUGUCCGCCAAGCACAACUUACCCGGCCAAGCAGAUAAAGUUUUUUCCCACCUCAAAAUUACACUCAAUGUCCGAAGACUGGAAAGCAAACCUCAAUCUCCCGAAAAAGGACGGCCGGCCGCAGACAGACGACGUGCUCGCCACCAAGGGCAACACGUUCGAGUCGUUCCAUCUCAAACGAGAGCUUCUCAUGGGCAUUUUCGAGGCAGGCUUCGAAAAACCGUCGCCGAUCCAAGAAGAGGCCAUCCCGGUGGCAUUGAUGGGCAGAGACAUUCUCGCUAGAGCGAAAAACGGCACAGGAAAAACGGCAGCCUUUGUGAUUCCAACUCUGGAGAAGCUGAAGCCGAAGGUGAACAAAAUACAGGCGCUGAUUCUCGUUCCUACGAGAGAAUUGGCUCUGCAAACCUCUCAGGUCGUCAAGACUCUGGGAGCCCACCUGGGUAUCCAGGUCAUGGUCACUACCGGAGGCACCUCGCUCAGAGACGAUAUCAUGAGACUUCACGAGCCAGUCCACGUUCUGGUGGGUACUCCAGGAAGAGUGCUGGACCUCGCAUCUAGAAAAUUGGCCGAAUUUGACGAAUGUCGCAUGUUUGUUAUGGACGAAGCCGACAAGAUGUUAUCGCGCGAGUUUAAAAACAUUAUAGAGCAGAUCCUCAAGUUCUUUCCUCAGUCGUCGUCUGGAAAGGGCAACGGCUACCAGUCGCUGCUGUUCAGCGCCACAUUCCCUCUCGCCGUCAAAUCAUUUAUGGACCAACACCUCUACAAGCCUUACGAAAUCAAUUUGAUGGACGAACUUACCUUAAAAGGUAUCACCCAAUAUUAUGCCUUCGUCGAAGAGAAGCAGAAACUGCACUGCUUGAACACUCUCUUUUCCAAACUGCAAAUCAACCAGUCGAUCAUCUUCUGCAACUCCACCAACAGAGUAGAGCUGCUGUCCAAAAAAAUCACAGAACUCGACUACUCUUGCUACUACUCCCACGCCAAGAUGCCUCAGGCGGCAAGAAACAAGGUCUUCCACGAAUUCAGACAGGGGAAAGUCAGAAAUUUGGUUUGUUCUGACUUGCUUACCAGAGGUAUCGAUAUUCAGGCAGUCAACGUGGUGGUGAACUUCGAUUUCCCAAAGACGGCUGAAACUUAUUUGCACAGAAUUGGUAGAUCUGGUAGAUUUGGUCACUUUGGUAUCGCAAUCAACCUUAUCAACUGGAACGAUAGAUUCAACCUGUACAAGAUUGAACAGGAACUUGGAACCGAGAUCAAGCCUAUUCCUGCUGAGAUUGACAAAUCUCUCUACGUUGUUGGUCAGCCAGAAAGUAUACCAAGACCGUUCAAACUGGAUCAACUUCCUAACGGAAAGGAGCGCAACCACAACAGGUACAACGGCCAACCAACUCAACCACAGACCCAAAAGCAAGUUGAGUACUAG